AUGGGUAGCCAGUAUGUGCAUCAUGCUGAUGCCCUGGCUACUGCUUUUGCCAUAACACGUGCCCUACCCCUCCUGGGGUUCUGGGGCCUGGGCCAGGACAGUCAGGCUAAACUGACUCUAGGCCACGCGGACCCCGUGGGGCGGGGCGGAACCUGGCAGGGCGCCAGUGACCGCUGGGGCCAGAGCCCUGCCGGGAAAGGAGGGCUUCCGCCUUGCAGCGCAGCUCGGAUCGGCAGCAGCCCAGGAGGCCUCCCGCCCGUAUUUUCCCGCGUCCAUCCCUCUGUCCCACGGUCGGUGAGUCAGCGGAGCCUGAUGGAGGCCUUGGGCUCUGGGCACUAUGUGGGAGGCGGCAUCAGGUCCAUGGCGGCGGCGGCCCUGUCUGGCCUGGCGGUGCGGCUGUCGCGCUCGCCGGGGACCCGCGGCUCGUACGGCGCCUUCUGCAAGACGCUCACGCGCACGCUGCUCACCUUCUUCGACCUGGCCUGGCGGCUGCGCAAGAACUUCUUUUACUUCUAUAUUCUGGCCUCGGUGAUUCUCAACGUCCACCUGCAGGUAUAUAUUUAGAGCCACUAACUUUGUGGCAUUUGGGGGCUCCUCGUCAGGAUGGCUGACUUCCACCCACCUGCUCACCCACCCUAGAGCAAAGCGACCAACUCCGCUCGUGCAUGCAGACUUGCCACUCAUUCUUUCCAUUGCCUCAUCUUUUAGUAUAAAUGGGUGGCAAAAAAAGAAAAAACCAGCAUUUGUGGAAAGCCUGAAAUAUAACCAAAAUCGUCUAAGAUAGAAUGAAAAAUUGACUCUCAAGGAUAUAUUUGAAGGAACAGAAUACAGCUUAAAAAUUUGAAAAUCCUUAAAAAUAUCUGAGAAGUUUUUGCAUCCGUAAAACAGAAAACAGCACGAACUUUAGGAAAUGACAAUGGGCACAGAAUGCAAUAAGAAAAAAAAAAAAAAACGGGGAAAGGUAACUAAAAACUUAAGGAAAGAUAAACUGAACAAGAAUGGCUCAGACAGCAGGCAAAUCUCCCCAGUUAGAAUCGAAGUGAAUAGACCCAACUGAAUGGAAUGAAUUCUAAGCAAUAGAUGGAUUGAAUAAUAAGCUGGAGGACAUUAAUAACAUGUUCUGGAAGGCAUACAUUUCUUCAACCCAAAGGGAAAAAAAAUGACAGAAAGAAACUACAGGGAAGAACAUUAAAAACUGUGCAAGAAACUUAUGUUUCACAUAUGAAGCAACCUCAGAUGUGGCAUGGCUUUGAACAGUUGCCAAAAGUGUGAGAAAGGGAAUCUGUUUGAAUAUUGGCACAUGGAUCAAGACUCUGGAGUUGGUGAUGAGAAAAUCCAAUCAGAGCAUUCCACUUUGCUAUUCAUUGAACCAGGUAGCCAACAGAAGAGUUAAAAAUUAGUGAUAUGACUAUAUUCAGGGGGAAGGAGAGCUGAGGGGGGCGGCAGGAAGUCAGCAGAAAAUGCCUCAUGUCAUUAAGUCAAGAAAUAGUAAUAAAGGCAUGUUAUUGAAAAAGAGGGGUGUAAUCUCUAAACAAGCAUGUGUAGAAGUUUGUGUUUCUGAUUUGGGGAAGCAAGAGUUGAGAAGGAGGGACAGUUCUAUUACUUUUCAUAUAUGUCCUUUUUCUACUGUUUGAUUUUUAAAAACUAUACACAUGUAUUGCUUUUGCUUCGAUUAAAAAUCAAGACAUUAAAAUGAA